CACACACACACACACACACACACAUGUCUGCUGCUGCCUCUGUCUCCGCAGCUGCCGCCGCCCGUCUCGCAAGAGCCCUGCCAGCCCUCGACUCCAUAUCGGCGGCCCAGCUCACCAUCAAGCCCAAGCUCGCCUCCUACCACGUGCCACGUACCCACCUCGGCAACCUCCCCGUCUACAAGACCUACCGCUCGCAAGCCGUCUACACAGACAUCAAGCGGGUCCAGGGGAACGUGGUGCAGCUCAGAAACGACCUCCAGCAGCUGCUCCCGCACGUGGACCGUUCCAACUUCAACUGCCACACCAUCAGCGGCAGCCUCAGGAUCAAGGGCGACCACACCCUGGCAGUGAAGGAGCUCCUAGCCCAGAAGUUCUAAUGCAGAACCUUGCUCCCCCUCUCCCUCCGUUCAACCUGUAUAUAGUACAUACUAGCAUACUGGCCCAUAUAUAAUAGACCCGGCGUCGCUGUAGACACCCCCACUCCAAUACAUUACUCUCCGUC